GGCCGGGGAGGGCUGACGUUUGCCUUCUUGCUUGAAGGAGAGUGACGAGGGAAGAUGGAGGAAGGGAAAGCUGAUGGGCUGCUUGCUCACUUGGAGAUGCUGGAGAUGCGGGCUCACGAGGCAGCCGUGAAGAAAGAGGAGAUGCAGCGGCAAGAAGAGAAGCUGGCCAGGCUGAAAGCGCGGGUGCAAGAGCUGAGGCUCCAGAGGGAUGAGCUGCGGGCUAAAGUGGACCUGCAGCAAAAGGGGCAACUUGGGAAAGAAGGAGUCGUCUCAGAUCCGGCACAGCCCAAUGCUCAGGCUGUUUUAGAGUGGAAGAUAAAAAGCCUUAAAGCCAUGCUGCAGAUCUUUUACCUCACAGGGAUCAGCAGCAAGCUGACCAAGCGGGGAGUGUGUUUCUCCAUCAGCACAGCUUACGAGGGCACCUACCUGGAUUCCUACCACCUGGACCUGCUCACCCAGCCCGAAGUGCGGAUUCAGCGCCACUCUGUCCCCAUCUUUAUCCCCCUGGAGCAGAUUGCCAAGAAGUACUUGCAGACGGACAUCAGGCGCUUCAUGUCCGUCCUGUCUGACCACCUGAACGCUUACGUGGGGAGGAGGUACCAGGCAGACCAGUUACAGGAACACUUUUCAGAUCAGAUCGAAGGAGCCUUGCAGCGGAACUCCUUGUGUAACCUGCUGGUCUUUAAUUACAACGUGUCAAGUCAAAGCAAGACCUUUCUGUUCAACGCAAGGCUGCUGUACGGAGAUCUCUGCAGCAUCCUCCCCACCGAAGUCGUCAUUUCCUGCACACCGGAUGCUCCCGCAUCUCUAGCGGAGAUGGCAGGAGCGCACUCGGACCUGUUUCGCCACGUGGCCCUGCACAAAGCCUUCCGCUCCUUCCGCAGCGCCAAGGAAAGUGUGUCUGGAGCGCCCUAA